AUGCGUUGUAUUGGUCAAGGUCUUGAACCAUUGAAAACAUUUUGCGAAAUAAUGGAUUUAGAUUCUCCUGUGAUGCAAAAAACUUAUGACAGAAUCUAUAACUUAAUCAAUACUGCAACAAAAAUGACUGCAAUUGAAAGCAUGAAAAAUGCAGCAGCAGAAGAAGUAUCACUCAGUAAUUCUACAGACAUAAGUGUAAGUGGUGAUGGCACCUGGAAAACAAGAGGCCAUACAUCUCAGAUUGGUGUAUGUACGGUUAUUGGUGCUGAGAGUGGAAAAGUUAUCGACGUAGAGGUUUUAUCCGUAGCAUGUAAAGGAUGCGAAUUGUGGAAGGGUCCUCGAUCUGGUGAAGCCUUUGAUGAGUGGCUGGAAACCCAUUCUCGUACUUGCAGGAGAAAUCAUUUCCGUUCAUCUGCCAAAAUGGAAGCUGACGGAAUGGUUAAAAUUUUUCAGAGGUCUCAAAGUGCAAGGGGUGUGAGAUACAUCAAUUAUAUUGGUGAUGGUGAUUCAAAAACAUUUCUUUCCAUAACAGAAAGCAAACCAUAUGAAGGUGUGACUGUGUCAAAACUAGAGUGUGUAGGGCACAUCCAGAAGAGGAUGGGCACUCGCUUACGUAAACUGAAAGCUGAUUAUAAGGGACGAAAGCUUUCAGAUGGCAAAAGUCUAUCUGGAAAAGGUCGACUUACAGAUAGUGCAAUCAGCCGACUGUCAUUGUAUUAUGGAAAUGCAAUUCGCCAACAUGCAGAUUCACUGAAAGAUAUGCGAAAUGCUAUCUGGGCUUUGUAUUUUCAUACUCGAUCUACAGACAGUGACCCAUUACAUACUUUUUGUCCAACUGGUGAGUCCUCAUGGUGCAAGUACCAAAUUGCUUCGAAAACCUUACCACUGACAGUCAUGGAUGUGAUCAAACCAGUUUUCAACUCACUGUCGCAUCCAGACCUCCUAAAACGCUGUCUUGGAGCUCAUACUCAAAAUCCAAAUGAGUCACUGAACUCCUUGAUUUGGCAAAUAUGUCCAAAGACAUCUGGUAGUGGCAGAAUCAUCUCAGAAAUAGCAGUUCAUGAAGCAGUUACUCUUUUUAAUGAUGGUAGAAAGGGUAGAUUAUCUACUCUGAGAUACCUGAAUAUAUACCCUGGAAUUAAUUGCAUUACUGCACAAUUCAGGAGUGACUAUAAACGUGUAACUUCUUCGAAGAAACGAGUAAUAGCUCGUACGAUUGAUGCUCGUCGCGCCAAGCGUCAUGCAAAACUGCAUGAAAUUAAAGACUUAUAA